AUGAUUGUGAUCCAAAACCUCGAGCAUGGGACCCGCCCAAGUGACAAGUGGCACGCGGGCAUCGCAAGCCCAGCGGAUGCCAUCGGGUACUUGACGCGGAACCCCUACCGCUACACCAUUGCGCAGUCCCAGGACGCGGAGGUGUUCGUGCACGAACUUGCGCACGUGUGGUUUGCGCUGGGCGACGAAUACAACUACGCGGUUUCUGCGUCGCACGCGGGGACGUAUGACAAUUGCGACUACGUUGAUUGCCCGAAGUGGCAAGACUUGGUGGCCGCGAACCUGGCUGACUGCCUCGCAGACAGCUGCUACGACGGCAGGAAUUUCCGGUCCACGGAAUUUACCGUGAUGCGCCAGCACGGAAGCACGACCGAUUUCGGGAAGCAGUCCGAGCGGAUCAUUUGCUGCAAGUGCGCACUGGUGUUUGGCGGCGCGGCCCCGACCUUUUGCAACGUGUUCACGAAUCCGGCGCUGGGGUUGGAUCUGAUGAAGUAUUGCGAGGAAAACCUGAGUAUCGCGAGCUUGUUCAAAAUCCCUGAUUACCAACUGGAUGAGCAGUACUACGAUACUAGCAGUAGUUCCUCGUCUUCCUCUAUCCCACGAAAAAAGUGUUUACAUACAGUUACAGAUUUGUAAGAGCCUGUACGAUUAAUCGACCCCCUUCUCGAUACCGAGAAGCCCCCCCAAAUCCGGAUCCUGACCGACCUUACCCCCCUACGCCCCCCUUCUCGAAAUCGAGGGGCUUUUUAUCGCGAAUCCUGUUUCCGAAAUUGAACGCCGAUGCUACGGCGCAUUUUGCGCCAUUAUUUUCUUUCUGUGAGAUUACAGCGCCUGGCGCGGUUUCGCUUCGAGUAGAUGCUAUUUAAUACCAAGCGAAACACAUAUCGCCCGCGCUGUGGCGCUUUUUCUACUUCGUGCAGUUUUUCCCAAAAGAGCGCAGUCAGGUGGUCUCUGGCUCGUUUUGCAGUGCUUGCCACAAAGCAAAAUAGCCCUCUGCUUCUGCUGAUGUCUGCCACUAUUCUCGCUAAAACGACCAGAAAGUCUCUUUUCGGAGAGCAGUCGUAGCGCAACUACUUCGCAACAGAAACACGCUGCGCGCACGCAGUAAAGCAACAGACUCGCUCCCAAGUAGAUCCCAGACACCCUUACUUUUUCGCAGCCCGCGGCCCCUUUUUCAAUCGGGCCGCUUUUUGUAAGCUUCUCUAGAAACUUGUCCUCUCUAUGGAGGCGGGUCGUUCUCUACGACAGAAAAAACAAUAGAGCGCAGCAGCAGCUUGCUUGCGCCCCUGGCCAAUUGCUGUUGGCUUCUUUGACAUUGCGUGGCGGGGCUUUAGUAUUGAGAUUUUUUUGCGCCCAUUCCUUUUGUGGCGCGCUUGCGGAUCGCAGUUUUUCACUUAUGACUCCGCUCUCUUUCGGUGGUGCUUGAUGUAUUUCCUCCUGAUGUGGUUUCUAAAAAGUCAUCUUGGUGCUAACCACACCAAGAAAAGCUUCUGCUCCACUAAGAAGAGAAAAAAGUACAAUCGCACUACCACCCCGCGCCCAUAUUUUCUGGAUUUGCCAUCUUUGGUGCGGUGGACGGGGGAGCUCCGAUUUUGCGCGCGGCCUCAUAGUUGUGCUUUUUGGACACGACUUUUGUAGCAAAGCAAGAGGAGCAACGCCGAGAAACUGGAGCAGCUCGGCGACAAGGGAGGAAGAGCAACGCAGAAAAGAGUCUGCAAUCUUUUUUUUUUCGACUUACACGAACUCGCCAGUCGGGCGCCCGACUGGCGAGUUCGUGUAAGUCCAAAAUCGACUGACACUAACUCGGCAGAUCCCCCCAUCCGAAUUGUAGUGCCGUCGCGUUUCACGUCGAAAACCGACGGUGCGCUGGAUCGCCGAAAACUCCCUUCCACAACACAAAUUUUCGAACCUUUCUGGGGGCUAAAACAAAUUCCCUCUGCUACGGCCGUGUUUCUUCAGGUGGUCAUGGAAAAAUUUUCACGCGCUGCGCGCACGGAAAUGCCCUCUGCGCCGUGUGCCCCCACGCGUCAAAAGAGAAAAAUCGCUCGCGCGCCGCGCGCGAACAACUUCAAACCAUACCAGAUUUCGCCGUGCAAGAAUUACGUCUGUCACGUUCAAAAAAGUAAGAGACUAAGAAGCCGCGCUCAAAAUCAAAUUUGGCCAGUCGAAGCAUUUUGGAUUUUUGAAGUCCGAUUUUGGAUCGGAGUAAAUCGCUGAGGUUUUGCGACGACCGGAUGACCGACCGCACCUACCCCCCCCUUCUCGGUAUCGAGAAGGGGGUCGAUUAAUCGUACGGGCUCUAAUCAAUUCAGCAACGCAAAUUUCUCUGCAUGGGAGAGAAAACUAAUGCAGAGAUCCUACGGGAAAACACUUAUGACAGAACGAGGUUCCUAUGCAUAUCCGGCAUGACAGAGCUUGUCUGUCUUGCUUGGCCUGCAGCACAAUGUGUAACUGUAACACUUUUUUCUUGCGAUAUCCUCCUCGUUCCUGCAGCGCGCUUUAGUCAAGGUCGAGGGGAUGAAGGCCCGGGGGGUCCGAAACUUGCGACAAUAUGGAUUGCAAAUAUGUCUGGGUCUGGAAACUUGGAACUUGUAAUGCUGUCUUUGGAUUCAAAAAAAAUCUGUAUUGCAUGACCAGCAACAGGAGUCCAGUUUGUGUUACGCGGAGAGGGAAUUUCUCAUGCGGGAAGGCAUUAGUAGGAAGCCCUUUGAAAAUCUGUGCUACUAGAUCAUGCAUUACAGGCGUCAUGGAUCAUGCAGAAUCUACAUGACAAACCUGGCAGUCUUCCAGACCCAGACAUUUUUACAUUUGAUAGACAACCGCUGGACACGAUGACAGCGGCGGCGAACGGCCUUGCCGCGGUGGUAAAAAAGGAAAUCGAGGCGAAGGCGGCGGAAGGGGUCGCGGGGAUCCAGGCGCCGCCGCGCGCGGACCAGUUGAACAUCAAGAACCGAGUGGACUUCGACAAGCAAGGGGCGCGGUUCGUCACCUGCGACAAGCGGCUUUUCCCAAAUGGGAUUCGCACCUGGCAAAUCGCGAAAAAAACCACUACCUCGGAAACUGCCGAUGGAAAGUCAAAGUCUUCCUGGGUCUGCGAACCGAAGCCGGAGCACAAGAACCUGCGAACCGGAGAACCCAUGUCGAUAUGGGACUCUCAAUUGUUACAUUCUCAACUAUUACAUGAAUUUGUAAUGCAAGAAUAGCAAAAGUCAAAGGGGGACGAUUGCAGCUCUAGCAUUACAAAUUCCGCACAGAGUUCAAUGCUGUUUAGCUCUCCAGGAAUUUUUCAUGCGAAGUCGCUUCACCCUGUGGAUGUUGAUGUUGAUUUUGCAUGACAAGUCGUGUAACAGUUGAGAGUGUAACGUUUGAGAGCGCCAUAGCCGAACAAGCUCGAGUACGGCACGUGCCCGUACUACGUAUGAACUGCAAAAGUAUCGUACUCGUAUAAAUGCAUGACAAAUUCCCUCAGCAAGAGAAAGAAAAUUUGUAAUGCGGAUUUACCUUGAGAAAAAAACUUGUAAUGCGUGACUGCAAUUAGUACAAGCGCGAUACUUUUGCAUUGCAUACUACGCCGUGUACGGCGACGAUGUGCACGAAGACAAACACAUAUGACAGUGCACAACUCCACCCCCUCCCCCUCAAUUUGUCAUGCAAAAUACCCAAUUCAGCUGCUGCCUCGUAGCACUGUUCGCAUGACAAAUAAUUCUGGAACCCAGAACAGCACUACAACCCGUGCAUAAACUUGUCAUGUACAGCGUACACGUGUGCUGUUGCUUGUAUUGCUGUUGAUGCUAUACAAUGAGGUGGAGGGGGAGUUGUGCACUCUCAUAACACAACCGGAUUCAACACGAACUGCUUUCCCAGUCCGGCGGGGGUUCCCGGAAGUACCUGAAAGUCUGCAUCCGCGAGGGGGCCUUCGGGACGAAACCAACGGAGAGUAAGGAAACCGACCCGAACUUAUCCACAGUGAAUUUCCCGUACCCGUACAAAUGCGGUCUCUGCAUGACAAAACUGGGCUUCGAUCCUAGUUUAGCAUGACAAGUUUUACACUCCAAAUUGGUGAAAUUUGUGAUGCAUCCUGUACAUGUACGGGAAAUUUGUAUUGCAUAGAACUGCGACAAAAACUACUAUGUGACGUUUUUCCAGGAGGAUCUGCAGGUGCUCGAGGGCUUGCACGAGAAGGAAGACGGGUCGCAGGGGGAGAAAUCCGUCGUCGUGCGGCAGAUGAAGAACAAGAUCGAGUUGCACCUAGACGCCGAAGAGCAGUGCGAGAUGCUGGAGACCGAUUUGGUCGCGGACCACGCGUGAGGUCUUAUUGCAGUGGAGGUUCUGGUCGUGUGGACCACUAGGAUGUUCAUCUGGAGGUUAAAAAAAACGUACGGGAAGACGUUUCGGUUAGUAGUGUGCAUUGAUUUUGAUUUUUAUAAUUUUCAUAUAGGUGUUUAUCUUUAUACCUUAGAAGUUAGUACAGCUGCAGGUGCAGCAGAGGAAGUUAUUUCGUUAUUUUUACUCUCAUUCUUCGUAUGAAUCUGAAGCACCUCUGAUUGAUUACAACACUCGCAGAGCAAAUCUUCGUCACAAGUCUACUCAACUUUGCGUUUCCGAUUUUUGAUCAAUAAUUUAUUUUACAUGCAUCGCAUACGCAUUCAUUGCACUGUCUGAACUGAGAAGUUUUACGUUCUAAUUUGCAACUUCGUUCGUUUACCGUCUGUACAAAAGAUUUGAAAAAAUUCUCUUUUUUACUUAGUUACACCGACACCAACCUGAUCAUUUGCUAUUUAUUCCCAACGGUGAAGUAAGUUCGAAUGAGUUAUUGGAUGGUAUCCCCACCAGUACCACCACCAACUUCCACGCAAGUAGUUCGUCACGAAUUUUCUACCACGGAAGAAGACUCAAUUUGUACAUAUUUGGGCACUUGAUGUAGUACGACGAGACAGGCUGAAAAAUGUUUUUUUCGGCCGGUCGU